AUGCAGUCUGUUGGGGAGAUGCAAUCGAUGGCGACCAAUUUCUUCUCCGCCUACGCGUCCAUGGCGGCCUCCAUCAUGCUCUUCCGCUCGAUCGCCAACGACGUCAUCCCAGAGCCCGUCCGCUCCUUCUUCCACACCACCUUCGGCCCCUUCCUCAAGCGCCUCCUCGACCGGCUAUUCCGCUUCAGAAAGCCCAAGCUCAUGACACUAAUCGUCGACGAGCAGUCCGGUAUCCUCCCCAAUCAAAUCUACGAGGCCGCCGAGAUCUACCUCCGGACGAAGAUCAACCCGGACACCGACCGCCUGCGGGUCAACAAGACCGCCAAGCAGAAGACCAUCACGCUCGGCAUCGUCCGGGACCAGGAGGUUGCCGACCGCUUCCAAGGCUUCGAUCUGACGUGGCAGUUCGUCCUCGUCGAACCGGAUGGAGAUCGACGGAAGUACCAGACGGAGAAGCGCUACUUCGAGCUGACGUUCGAGAAAUCGAACAAAGAGGCGGUGGUCGAGGAGUACCUGCCGCACGUGCUGUCGCGUGCGAAGGAAAUCAGGGAGAAGGACAGGGCGGUGAAGCUGUACACGAGGGACUGUCCCUUCAGCGACAACGACGAGGACGGUGGGAGUGGGAACGGGUACUGGGGUUGCGUCAACCUGGACCACCCGGCCACGUUCGAGAAGCUGGCCAUGGAUCCAGAUCUGAAGCGGGCGGUAAUCGAGGACCUGGACCGGUUCGUGAGGAGGAAAGAGUAUUAUCGGAGGGUGGGAAAGGCGUGGAAGAGGGGUUACCUGCUGUACGGGCCGCCGGGGACGGGGAAAUCCAGCCUGGUGGCGGCGAUGGCCAACUACCUAAAGUUCGAUGUCUACGAUCUGGAGCUCACCAGCGUGUACUCGAAUUCGGAUCUGAGGAGGACGCUGUUGAGUACCAACAAUCGGUCGAUUAUCGUAAUUGAGGAUGUUGAUUGCAGCGCACAGAUGCACGAUAGAGACGGGGAAUCGGACGGGGACUCGGAUUCUGAGCGUGGGAACUCGUCUGGCAUGUUGAAUUUCAUAGACGGACUAUGGUCCACUUGUGGAGACGAAAGAAUAAUUAUUUUCACUACUAACCACAAAGAAAAGUUGGAUCCGGCUCUUUUACGGCCCGGUCGAAUGGACAUGCACAUUCACAUGGGUUACUGCACGCCUGAGGGUUUUGACGUUUUGGUCUUGAAUUACUUGGAAAUAAAUGAUCAUCCAUUGUUUUUUGAAAUUAAAGAGUUAAUUAGAGAAAAUGAGAUAACUCCAGCAGAGAUUGCAGAGCACUUGAUGAGGAAUGAGGAUCCAACUCUUGCCCUUGAGGGUGUACUCAAUUUGUUGAAGCAAAAAAAGCAGGUGGACAAUGUAAAAAAUGAGGAGAGUGAUGCUAAGGAAAAUAAAAUAAAUGGAGAUUAUGAUGAGAGUAUUGAGAUAGAGGGAAAGAAAAGGAAAGGAAAGCUUGAGAAAAUUGUUGGAAAUUUGACUAGGAGGGGGACAAGAGUAAAAAAUUGUGAAUUGGAGCAAAAAAUAAAAUGA